AUGCGAACGCCCUUCCUUGUCAUACGUUUUGUGAUCCUCGCGCUCGUGGGCUACCUCAGUGUCGUCGCCCUUGCACUGGCAGCUUGGAAUAUUGCGGCCGCGAAAGCUGCAGGUACCUAUGCUCCGAGCGGCGCCAUCUUCCUCAUAUUCAACGCCUGCUUCUACUUUGUCCUAAUCGCACUAGCCUUUUUGGAAUACGUAGGACAGAGCGUCAACGAAUAUGCCUCGUUGGUAGCCACUGAGUGUGUGUGGUCCGGUUUGAUGGCCGUAUUGUCUCUCGCUGCCAGCAUCACUGCUACAAUCGGCGGUCCGCCAAUGUUCUGUCAUGAUCACGUCCCUUUCUCGCUGUGUGCAUCUGCGACAGUGCUUGUGCCUGUGAGCUGGCUCACAGGCAUCCUAAUGCUCUCAUAUUUCCUGACGAUCCUCGGGCUCGCCAUCGGCCACAUGCGCACAGAACCUGGGAUCUGGACCAAGUCCCUCUACAAAGUACCCUGGUUCGAUUCCGAUCGGGUAUCCAAGUUUCCGCCAGUGCUCCCCCCUCUAAACAAACACGAAUCCACUCGCCUCUCGUUCCUCUCCCGCAGACAUUCGCUAUCCGUCUUCCCCGAAGACGUCGAACAAUCUGCCGGGGGAACUCCGGCGGAGCGCCCGUCGGCCCCGGAACCGAAGACUCCGAAGACGCCUAGUUCGAUGUUCAAUACCAUGCCCUUGUUCAAGCGUACGGAUAGCUCGGAUCAGAGUCGACCGUGGUGGGCUCGCGUACGCGACAUUCGCCCAGGCAUCGACGUGCCCUUCCCACGUGUCUUGCGCUUCAGUACUCUCUCAAUGUCUCGCACCCCGCGCGGCUCGGCAGAUCAAGGGCAACCGCCCGCGGUACCACCUCUACCCGCGACGCAGGAUCCCGGCAUCGACGACUUCGGUCAGCGGUAUAUCAGCUUCUUCCCAGGCGAACGUCGACCUUCGCAACGAGUGCCCGACUCAGCGAGUACGGGACACCACAUGGCGUACGACCCCGAUCGUCCGCUUCCCCGCCCUCCGCGCUCUGAGUGGGUGCGCGCGGAUGGAAGCUCGGAUCCUGGCAGGUCCCGGUAUCCAAGACGUUUCUGA